UGAACUCGGGUUUUGGAAGUGUUCAAACAUGUAUGCGUGUGUUUUUUGUUUGCGCUGCAGAUUACUGGAGUUCAUGCAAAUGCCAAGUCCGUGACAGUGAUGAUCCGUGGGUCCAACAAGCUGGUUCUGGAAGAAGCCGAAAGGUCGUUGCAUGAUGCCCUGUGUGUCAUUCGUUGUUUGGUAAAGAAGCGGGCUAUGAUUGCUGGUGGAGGUGCCCCGGAGACAGAGAUCAGUGUGCAUUUGGCUGAGUAUGCACAAACCGUUGCGGGCAUUCAAUCUUAUUGCAUUAGAGCAUUUGCUGAGGCCAUGGAAGUGAUUCCGUUUACUCUUGCGGAAAACGCCGGUCUGAAUCCAAUCGCCACGGUGACCGAGUUGAGAAAUAGGCAUGCCAAGGGGGAAACCUCUGCCGGAAUCAACGUCCGAAAGGCGAGUGAUUUAAAUGGAAAAUAUGGGACGGUGACGAACAUUCUGGAAGAGAACGUUGUGCAACCUCUUCUGGUUUCCACGAGUGCCAUUUCUAUCAAAUGGCGCCUCUGGGAUAACUACCAGGACCCAAGAAAACAUUUGGUACAGGGGUCGCACGGGGGACUCGGGGGUUCACAGAUGCAAGACGAAAGAGAGUGCGCGUAUUGUGACGACAAGAGUGUGUUCAAGUCUCGUGCGGAGUUUAUGCAACAUUUGCGGUCGUCACACUGCAGCCGCGAAGGAGGCUCGUACGUUUGCAAAUACGGCUAUAACGGGGUGUGCGCUUCGUUGCCCGUGGAAGGCGUGGAUGACAAGGACUACGAGCAGCAUGUGUGCAAACAGCAUCUCGGCCCAGACUCGUCUUUUGCCAAUUCUCGCCGUCGAUCCAGCGUUUUGUCCUUGUCGGGAACUGCGACUGGCUCCACGCGGUCCUGGACCCUUUAUUCCGCGUCUCAGAACCUCGCCACGGUGCUCAACGAUCCCAACAGGGGGAAACAGAAAGACCUGUUCACGAAAACAUGGGGCGAGUCUUUUGUGGAGAAGACGAUGGUGUCGCCGAGUCCGCUUUUGGAACCAGUUACCAUAAUGGACCUUGCGCCGUACCUGCGCAAAAACUCAAAGCGGUAUCGCAAACUCUUGAAACGCAAAGCGCUUUUUUCGCCGAAUGUUUCUGCGAAACCGACGGCCGUGCCCGCGACCAGCGACCACGUUGAUCUCCCGAAAGUGGACCAGUUGGUGCAGAUUUUCCCGAAGCUUUCCUCGCUUAAAGUUCAUGAAAAUGUGAUUGGUGACCUGAACUCGAUUCCUGAAAUUUUCCAUGGGAGUGACUUCGAUUUGUCUCGACUGGACCAGUUCGAACGCGUUUUUCCGGAGAACAGAAAUGCGAGCAAGUUGGUCCAAGAACAGUUGUCUCAUUAUUUGGACAUGGUCGAGAUCAACAUCGCUGCGCAAAUUGCGCAGAAUUCGGAGGCCUAUUUCAAAACCAUGUCAUGUCACGAUGUUCUGAUGGCGGACUUGAACACGACCACCUCGAAAGUCAGAGUGCUACGUGCGGAAAUGAGCCGCCUUCGGAAGACUCUGGUUGAGGGGCCCAUGCAGAUCAUUGCACUUUUCCAGCAACGAUCCCGAGCGGCUGUUUUGCUUAAAACGUUGAAGGUGAUGAGAACCGUGCACCAAACCCAAGGAACUGUGCAGCUUCUUUUGGCUACUUCUGAUUUUGUCGGAGCCUUGGAUCUUAUCGCCACUACUCAUGAUGUGCUUGAAGAAAACUUGAAAAAUUUGCGAUGUUUUAGGUAUGUG